AUGUGUGCACUUGUCCCUCCAUUGUUCCCAAAUUUUGGCUGGCCUUGCGGAGAUCAUAGCUUCUAUGAAAAUGAAGACGUAAUCAACACAUUUCUUGAUUUACCGUUGCCGGACUUGACGGUGGCUCAUCAGAAUGUGUCGUCGGAUAAUAGUAAAAUAUUAGAGUUAAAUCAGAAUCCCGUCGUGAUGAAGAAGCUUAACCACAACGCGAGCGAACGUGAUCGUCGUAGGAAGAUCAACACAAUGUUCUCAUCUCUCCGUUCUUGUCUUCCGGCCACCGACCAAUCGAAGAAGUUAAGUGUUUCAGCGACGGUUUCACAAGCAUUGAAGUACAUACCACAGCUACAAGAGCAAGUUAAGAAGCUCAAAAAGAAGAAAGAAGAGCUCUCGUUUCAAAUCUCGGGUCAAAGAGGUCUCGUUUACACCGACGAAAACGGUAAGCCAGAGAAAGGGGUCACAAGUUAUGCAUCAACAGUUUCUGCGACUAGGCUCGGUGAGACCGAAGUGAUGGUCCAAAUCUCAUCGUUAAAGACUGAAAAAUGUUCGUUUGGGAAUGUGCUGAGUGGUGUAGAAGAAGACGGGUUGGUUCUUGUGGAUGCUUCAUCUUCAAGGUCUCAAGGAGAGAGACUCUUUUACACUUUACAUCUUCAGAUGGAUAGUUGCAAGCUGAAUUGCGAAGAAUUAAGUGAUAGGUUGUUGUACUACUACGAGAAAUGUGGAAACUCGUUUUAG